AGCGAAAAGUAUGUAUACGGAAUAGUGUCGGCGCAAAUCUUAAGAAAAUUAGUUAAAAAUAUCGUCUUCUGCUUCUAAAAAUGUAGGGACUGAUACACCAGAACAAAGCAACCACAGAACUCAACAAUGAAUUCCAGAAGGGACUACCGGAGCACUAGGAAUGCUUUAUUUGAUGGAAUUGAAGAAGGAGGAAUAAGGGCUGCCUCAUCUUACUCCUCUCAUGAAAUAGCUGAGCUUGAUAAUGAUAGAGCAGUGGAUGGAUUGGAAGAAAGAGUUAAUAUUCUCAAGAGAUUGACAGGAGAUAUACAUGAGGAGGUUGAAAAUCAUAAUCGUGCAUUGGAUCGUAUGGGGAAUGACAUGGACACAUCACGAGGAGUCUUAUCUGGAACUAUGGAUAGAUUCAAGAUGGUAUUUGAGACCAAGUCAAGAAGGAGAAUGGCUACAUUGGUGGCAUCAUUUGUGGCUCUGUUCUUACUCAUCUAUUACCUCACCAAGUAGUGGAGUGACCAUGGUUAAGUGCAGAAUGUAUGGUGACUUGACUGCUACAUUACUUAAGCUCUGUUACACCUAUAGCAAGCAGUUCAUAAAAGAUACUGAACAUUGUUAUUCCUUUGUAUGGUGUUUACAUUGUUUCUCUAGAUUUUAUUCUCCUAGAAGAAUUACAUGCUAGAGUCCGGUUCUGUCCCUCAAUUUUCCGCUUAAUGGCUUCUUUGACGUUGGG